AAUGGUCAAUCUGUUUCUUCUUCCUCGCUUUCUCCCAACAAUUCCUUUCCAAAUUUUGCGAGAAAAUUUAUAAAAUAACAUUUUCUCGAGAAAAUCAAAGCCAAACCAAUGGUUCUCUGAUCUCAGAACCCUAACUGGUCACUUGAGGACGAUGAGGCCGACCCUCCCUGAUCACUUCCUGAGCUCUAACGCCAUCUUUUCCUCUCCAAUUCUUGAUGGAACGAGACUCUGCUCUCCAUUCGGAGCCGGAGAAAAGCGAUCCGGAGAACCUGAAGGUGAUCGAGUGGGAAGACUUCGAGGAAGAGCUUGCGAGGUUGUGGAGCCUGUCUGCUGCGCUGGCAGAAGCUAAAGAAAAGAAACAAAGUCUCCAACAAAGGCUUGAGGCCGUGAUUCAGGUUAAUGCUGAGUCAUUGAAUCGAUUGAAUGAGCUUGACGAGAUGCGUGAGAAACUGGAGGCUAAAAAGAAGGUGAUGGAAAGGAUGUCUAUGUGUUCUAAGCUUGCAAAGGAGGAUGCUAAAAAGCAACAGGAACAGCUUAGCGUUGAAGUUAGGUCGCUAUUGCUAGCUGGGACAGCGCUUUCUGUAGCAAGGAAGCGAUUGCAGGAUUCAAAUAGGUUACUUGCUGGAGAGAAGGGUUAUGUUAGUCUCAGAAAUUUGCAGAAGAGGCUAAGAAUGAGGCAACAAUAUAUGAUAUCUCAAGUUUCAUUGCUCUAUCCUGUAAAGAUCUCAGUUGGACCUGCACAGGAACAAGAACUUGAGUUGUUUCCUAGCAGUAGUAAAUCAGGGAGUUCUGCUGGAUCAAUACCUGCUAAUCAAGGAUCCUUAACAAUCUUAGGUCUGCAUUUGACUCUGCUUCCUUUUAAGAAGAUGAGUUUUUUCAGUGAUAAGAGGGAGGUCCAGAGAUCUGCAACUGCCCUGGGAUAUGUCGCACAUGCUGCUUCUCUUAUAGCUUCCUACUUAAAAGUUCCACUGCGUUACCCUUUGCGCUUGGGUGAUUCUCAUUCAUUUAUUAUUGACUGUGCACCUUCAAUAGAGCCCACAUCAUCAGAUCCAUCAUCAAGUACAGAGCUUUUAACGAGUAUGAAGCACGUGGAGUUUCCUCUGUUUUUAGAAGGUCAAGACAUAACGAGAGCUGCUUAUGCUGUAUUCUUGUUAAAUAAGGAUUUAGAGCAGCUUUUGAAUUUCAUUGGUGUAAGGAGUUUAGGACCACGCCAUCUAUUGGCUAAUUUGAAGGAGCUUGUAAGAACUAUCCAGUCUUCUGAGUAUAAAGAUACGUGAUUCAAUGUUCUUAUUAGUACUGUAAGUUUAGCUUCUCUGUAAAUGGAUUAAUUAUAUUCUUUCUUGGGUGCAAUUUUUUGAUGGAGCACCUUCAUGUAGCUUUGUCGGUUAUUACAGUUGUUGAAGCAAAUUGUGCUUAAUGCAAAUUCUUUCUUCGAGUCUAACCCGUAAGAAUUUGAUUCAAAAGUAUUAACUCCCAAAAUAUCUCCUUUA